CUCAACCAUCGAAGAGAUGUGCGCCAUUUUGGCUCAAACAAAGUAAGAGUGGUUUUACCUCAGACUCACUACUUUGACCUGUAUUAAUUAAAAUACCAUGUAGACACCCGCAGGACGGCACUCCGGUUUCCACCAGGGGACACUUAACGAACGUGUAACUUUUUCUCGCUUUUACAACGCGUGGUUACUUCUCUACGAAGUGAUGAUCCCAUCCCCAGCUGAGCUCCAGAUCCAGACAAGCUAACUUCACCUCCUGCUGCACCAGAGCUGAGCCCUGAUCCCUGCUGCUGCCAUGGGAGGCUGCUCCGCUCCCAACUGCUCCAACUCCACCAGCAUCGGCAAGCAGCUGUUCCGGUUCCCCAAAGACCCGGUGCGGAAGAAGAAGUGGGUGGUGAACUGUCGCCGAGACUUCGAGCCCACUGCUCACUCCCGACUGUGUCAGGAUCACUUUGAGCAGAGCCAGUUUGAGGAGAUAGCCAGGUCUCCAGCCGGGGGCAGGAAGCUGAAGCCCAAUGCCAUCCCUACUCUGUUCAGUGUUGGAGAGCCUCCGUACCCUGCAGUCACCACUCCAUACAUCCUGAUGCCCCUGAAACCCGAACCUGUGGAGAAGGAGCUGAACUUUGGGGACCAUGGCUAUGCCCGGCGCACCCCCCUGCCCGGCAUGGACGAGGAGGAUGCUGACAUGACGGGCGAGGACCAGCAGCCGUGCACACAGUGUCAACUCCUCAAGAAGCAGCUGGAGCAGGAGAUGCAGCACACUGCCAGGCUACAGAAGGAGGCAGAGGAGAUGAAGAAACGUCUUUAUCGGCUGGACCGGAUCGAGAAGGGCCUCCAGAACUUUCUAUACGAGGACCAGAUCCGCGCCCUGUCCCUCACCAAGCGCUCCCGUCGGGCCGUCUGGUCUCCCGAGACCAUCCUGAAGGCCCGAAAGAUCCGCUGCGCAGUCGGCACCAAAGGCUACGAGUACCUGAGAGAGCUGGGAUACCCGUUACCCUCAUACCGGACUCUGUGUAACCGCCUGGAGACUAAGAUCAUGGUGACAACUGACAUGAGCUGUGAGGAGCUGGCAGAGCUGGGACUCGGGCUCAUGGCCACCUGUGACAGUCCCACACAGGUUGUUGGGGACAAUGACGAGGAGGAACUGAUUGGUGUUUUGUCCUGAUGCUGGCAGUUGACUUGAUCUAUUGACUUGAGCCAAAGAAGGAAUGUGCAGGAUCAGCUGUGUUAAACAUCUUCGGAUGUGUUGUCAAGUGAAAGGAGAACGGCACUUCAUGCUUGUUAUCUUAUCUCUGAAAGAUUAAAGUGUCGAUAUAAAUGCUUCUCUUGACAGACAUUGAAAGUUCACAGGUUGGGAUACUGAUCUGCACUAAGAAGACACAGCUUCGCUCUGUGAGAUGCUUGGGCUUGGAGCUCGCUCAGGUUUUACGCUCAUGGUGUUCCCUAGCAUGGAGAUGCUUAGUUACAGCACAAGCUUGAACAUGUGACAAGUCAUACCGUGUAGUAGUCUGGGAAAGCAGACUACCACUAAGGUUGAGUGUUGUGUGUACAUAAACAUAAUUUGCACAGAGCCAGUUGAAUUCAUUGCUUGGGUUCCAAGUGUUCCACACCUGAGGUAUUGAGGGUUUCUCUGAUUGUGUUCCAUGCAAAAUAAAACCACACUCACCUGA